CUGCAAUCUGUUAAGACACUCUGCAGGAACUGAAAAACAUCUGUAACCAUGAAGUUGCUUCUAGCAGGAAUUGCUCUGAUUCUAAUUGUGGAGACCAACGCCCAGUGGUACAGGUUUCCCGUUGAAGCUGCUCAAGGUGCUCGUGAUAUGUGGCGAGCCUACAGUGACAUGAGGGAGGCCAACUGGAUUGGUGCAGACAAAUACUUUCACGCCAGAGGAAAUUCUGAUGCUGCCCAGCGGGGAAAUGGGGGGAGGUGGGCAGCUGAGGUUAUCAGCAAUGCCAGAGAAUGGAUUCAGGAAAAAACGGGUCAUGGUGGUGAGGAUUCUGAGGCUGAUCGAGCAGCAAACCGCUUUGGACGGAAUGGAGGAGAUCUCAGCACUCUCAGGCCAAAGGGCCUUCCUGAUAAAUACUGAGGACAAAUGUCACUGAAUCAUAAUACAAAGAAAGAAAGAAAGAAAGAAAUUUUAAGUGUUGCAAUCACUGACAACAACAUCUUACACACAAAUUAAUUUUAUCCAGUUGUAACUAUUCUGUUGCUACUUGUUUCCAUACACAGCUGAUAUCCUGAACCAAGCCAUCAUUACUGCAAAGAGAAAGUGGUUUCCAGAUAUCCUACAGUAUCUGAUUAAAUACAUAUAAUCUUUGCUCACAUCAGAAACCAUUAAAAUUCAUUUAGCAUUUUGAAGAGGAAAUUCAAAGACAGCUGCCUAUAAAAGCUAUAGAUGGUCAUUAUUAACAGUAAUAAAAAAGUCCUACUAUUAUUACUCUUGUGGAUUUAACAUGACAGACUUCAGCCUUGUCCAUCUGUGGCUGCACUCUUGUUUUGUUCAGCUGUAAUGUUCAGACAUUGCCACUCAGUGGCAGCGCAGGCCUCCAUCUGACAGUUGGCAUAACUUAGUUUGGUUCAGUUAAAUGGCUUAAAAGCAUUUUCUAUCUCAAUACAAUAAAUUCGAAGGCUGAUCUAAUGCCAUACAUUGUGGUUGAUGCAGUUUGCAAGAGAGAUAAUGAAUGUUAUUUGAAUUAACCUCUGAAUGAAAUAAACAAG